AACGCCGGGUUUACCAAAUUUUAAGUUUUAACCAUAGCACACGGCAGUACAGCACACACGGUAAAAUUGAACACCGGUUCGAUCAAUUUUCCCACGCACUGUUACUCGAAGUUCUGCGCCAACUGAAACGCAGAUCGAACUCCGCCGUAGCCAUCAUCACCGAUCGAACUUCGCAAGACAGAGAUCAAAUUCUGAUUCCGACACAGUAACAGUAUGAGCGUCAUCGACAUUCUAACCCGAGUCGAUUCCAUUUGCAAGAAGUACGACAAAUACGACGUCGAUAAGCACCGCGAUGCUAAUGUCUCUGGCGACGAUGCCUUUGCCAGACUCUACGCCUCCGUCGACGCCGACAUCGAGGCCCUACUUCAGAAAGCAGAAAGUGCUUCCAAGGAGAAAGGUAAGGCAUCAGCUGUAGCGAUCAAUGCAGAGAUUCGUCGUACUAAGGCUCGGUUGCUGGAGGAGGUUCCCAAGUUGCAGAGAUUAGCUGUGAAAAAGGUAAAGGGGCUUUCAUCACAAGAAUUUGCUGCCCGUAAUGAUUUGGUUCUUGCAUUGCCGGAUAGAAUCCAAGCAAUACCAGAUGGGGCUCCUCCUGUGCCAAAACAAACUGGAGGCUGGGCAGCUUCUGCUUCACGUCCUGAAAUUAAGUUUGAUUCAGAUGGGCGAUUUGAUGAUGAAUACUUCCAACAAAGUGAACAAUCAAAUCAAUUUAGGCAGGAAUAUGAAAUGCGUAGAAUGAAACAGGAUCAAGGUUUGGAUGUGAUUGCUGAAGGAUUGGAUACAUUGAAAAACAUGGCACAUGAUAUGAAUGAGGAACUGGAUAGACAAGUUCCACUGAUGGAUGAGAUUGACACUAAGGUGGACAAGGCAUCCUCUGACCUUAAGAAUACAAAUGUUAGACUUAAAGACACAGUGAACCAGCUUCGAUCCAGUCGAAACUUCUGUAUUGAUAUUGUUUUGUUGAUUAUAAUUUUGGGAAUUGCUGCCUACUUAUACAACGUACUAAAGAAAUGAUGUGUACAAAGGCUGAUGGAUGUUCGAAUGGUUUGCCUUGUAUUUUGAGGAUAUCUUCUGAUUUUUUUAUUUUAUUUCUACCAUUGUGAAAAUUUCCUGCGACUUGAGAGGCGUGCCCUUGUGCUUUAUAAGCAGUCCUGUGUAAUGUGUAUGCAGUCAUGUCAGAUACCAUUAGUAUGUGUAUGUUAAAUAGUUGCUGCUUAUUUUAUACACUUGUUUUGGUAUAUGUUAUAGUAUUAUAAAUUGACGCUGAUGAAUUAGGAAGGAUGCUUUGAUUGAAAUUAGGAAUUCUAGCUGGAGUUAGCUAGCUACAAGCACGACGAAAAGAUAAGUAUGGGGACCCGCUUAAUAAUUGAAAGAAAAUUAUAUUCGACUAA